AACUCGUUUGUUCCAAGAUCAUGAUCUGAUCCUAAAAGCAAGGUAUUGGUGUCCCAAUUUAACCCAAACUUCUCUUUUCGUCGUUAUAAAAAUUCCUCCAUUUCCUCUUGAUCUACGCAUACUAGGAAAAGUAAAGGCUACGUAAGAUGCAGGGGAAAACAACCCUAAUAUUCUUUUUUCUAAUACCGUUCUUCAUUCUUUUCUUUCAACCCCAUCUAACUAAUGCAUCUUCAACAAAUAUAACUGCAAUUUUUGCUUUUGGUGACUCCGUUUUUGACCCUGGCAAUAACAAUGCUCUGCCUACUCUUUUCCGUGCCAAUCAUUGGCCAUAUGGUAAAGACUUUCCCGGCCAAGUUCCAACUGGGAGAUUCUCUAAUGGGAAAUUGACAACAGAUAUUUUAGUUUCACAGUUGGGAAUAAAGCAACUUUUACCAGCUUAUUUAGAUCCUAAGGUCUCUGACAAAGACUUGUUAACUGGAGUCAGUUUUGCUUCGGGUGGUUCAGGAUUGGAUGAACUUACUGCCAAGGAAAAUCAUGUGCUGUCAAUGGAGGAUCAGUUGAAUUACUUUGAGCAAGCCUUGAAGAGAAUGGAAAAAAUUGUAGGGGGAAAGGAAGCUGAACGUAUAGUUGAAAAGGCUUUGUUUAUGAUUUCUGCGGGAACGAAUGACAUGUUGUUUAAUUUUUAUGAUUUGCCAACUCGAAGAUAUAUUUCUUUGUCAGGCUACCAUGAUUUUCUACUCAAUAGACUUGAGGCUUUUGUCAAUGAAUUGUAUAAAAUGGGAGCAAGAAAAAUUGCUGUGGUAGGUCUUCCACCAAUUGGCUGCUUGCCUGUGCAAGUCACCAUUAAUAGUUUGCUGCCGAGCUUUCAUAUGUUUCGGCGUGUGUGCGUACAGCAGCAGAAUAUUGAGUCGCAGAGUUAUAACAAAAAGCUUCAAUCCCUCAUAUCCAGGUUGCGAUCUACACUCUCUGGCUCCAAACUUGUGUAUGCGGAUGUCUACAAUCCCCUUUUGGACAUUAUUCAAAAACCAUCAGUCUACGGGUAUGAUCAUAUCCUUGAAGGUUGCUGUGGAACAGGUUCCUUAGAGAUGGGGCCUUUAUGCAAUGAGUUCAAUCCAAUAUGUGUUAAUCCUUCAAGGUAUCUCCUUUGGGAUGCUGUUCAUCCUACACAAGCAACUAAUGAAUAUCUUGUUCAUAUUUUGCAGAGGACUGUGCUUCCCCAACUUGUUGACUAAUUGGGGUCGAUUAUGACAAAUGGUCAUUAGAUUUAAACUUGAUUCUUUUAACUAGGGAUUUCUUCUCUUUUUUUUUUUUAGCGUUAGAAUUUCUGAACUUUGAUAUUCUUUUAUACCAUGGUUAAACGUAAUUUUAGAGUCACCGGCUCUUGAAUUAGAUGAAGAGAUAUAAACAAUUCAUUAAUUAUUUGAAUUAUUGUUCUUCAAAGUGCCUUUGUUUUC